AUGAAGUUCGCAUUUAAAUUUCCAAUAACAUCAUUCCUUAAAUUCAAACCAGGAAAAUUUAGUUUGCAAUUAGAACAAGAUAUACGUUCAAAAUUAGAUUCAUUACCAUCAGUAACGAAAACAUAUACAAAUCCAGAUGGUACACCAAGAGUUCCAACCGAUUCUGAGUUCAAAACAAUAGCAGAUUUACAGAAUAUGUACUACAAGAGAAAUCAUUCAGAAUGGAAUUAUAUAUUACCAACUGUAUCAAAAGACGCAUUAAAAUUAUUUGAAGAUAAUUCAAAUGAUUUAAAAUAUUUCCAAUUUGUCACUAAAGAUGCUGGGAAAAUAAUAGAUAAAAUUCCAUACAAGGAUGAUAAAACAGGAACAUUACAAUGGAAAAUUAUAAGAGAAACUCCAAAACAAGAAGGUUGGGAAAUCCCAUAUUUUUAUAUAGUAUUACCAAUUUUCGCAUAUGUGUUAUAUGUUAAAUAUACUUCACAAAUAAAAGCAAGUGAAACUGAUGGUCCAAUGUGGGCUGAAAAAGAAUUAAGAUUAAGAGCAAUGGAAGAAUACUUCCAUGGUGAUACUGCUAAAGCUAUUGAGUUCUUGUCUAAUGAAAAUAAAUCUGAAAGAGAAAUUCAAGAUAGAGAUGAUAUAGUCAUUUCAAGAAUUUUAGCCGGUGAUUAUGAUAAAUUAUCUCAAUUGAAGAAGAAAAAACCUGCAGAAAUUGUUGAAUUAAUCGAAGGACCAAGUAUAUAG